CUCUUGCCCUCAUCUGCCGUCUGCCCAAACCAUACCCCCCCCGUCUUCAGCAUCUCCAUUAGACCAAGAGCGCUUCUCUUGCAUCCGCCUGGACCUAUUUCCAGACAAUCUGUUCCUCGCACCCCCACUCCGUUGACGCCGCUGUUCUCGUCACAUCCGCACAUCGCCCUACACACCCUCCCAUCUCUACACCAGCCAUGCGGCUCAUCCAGGCCGAGACAGGCGUCAUUCUGCCCGCAAAGUCAUUCACAUCGCUCGACAGUCUGGACGAUGUUCGGUUGGAGAUACAGGCCCUGACAUCAAUACCCUCAAAUGCACAAAUCCUGCUCACAUCCUCGUGCGUCCAGAUGAAGCCGGAGAUGAUGCGGCAGCUCGAAAGCCAGUCCGAUAAGGAUGAGUUUCUGAUAUACGUAUUCAACCGCCAAUUCUUGGAUCCUCGAGCAUCCGGAAGCUUCCCAAGGAUUGCCGAGCAACUCGAAGUCGAGCCCCUCGUCUCUCUCGAUGUCAUCCAAGCGAGCACCCGCCGAGCAACCGAUCCAUUGCUCGAUGCAACGCAGUCUUUCGUGGACGUCUUCAGCUCUCAUGUCAAAUAUGGACUGGCUGUGUGGCAAGCGGCAGUAAAUCACUCGUCGAUGUGCGAGCGUCUCCUCAUCGAGCAACGAAAUCAAGCCGAUGCGCUGCGGAUCGCCACAACCAAUCUACUGGGCCACAGCCGCUCUGUGUCCGAAGCAUUUGAUCUGUUCUACACGCAGGCCCAGAAGGAACUGGCCAAGCACUCGAAUCUGCUGCAAAGCUUUCCCAAGGACCUCCAAGCCCUGCAUUUGAUUCCGAUCCACAAUGCGUGCAUCGUCCGCGAGCCUGCUGUGCCUAUGACACCCCCAGCCAGUAAGAACCAGUUCCUCUCGGACUAUGUGCCAGAAGAUCGACUGCGAGCCUGGGCAGACUCUUGCCGCGAAGCGCACGAGCAGCUUGCGAAGAAGUGCGUUCAGCUCCUGGAAACCGUCAAGAGCAUCAAGGAGGGCUCUGAGAUUGAGCGACAACAGAAUCUGGAUGUCGACUUCUCCAAGCUCGAGUCUCUCGUCCAGAGUGUCCAGGACCAUUUGCGCCGGCUCAACAUUCGCCAGGAGGUCCUCGAGCAAGAUUUGCACCGAGUCCAGAGCAUCAUCGAAGACUCCAGGCGACCCUCGAUCUACUCCGAGUCCGACAUGUCCACGGCGCUCCAGCAUCUCCUCGACAUCCAUCACAAGGAAUACACUCCCGAAAUCGCCGAAGUCGAUCGAUACAUUCGCGAAACAACGAUUUACUUUGUCGAGAUGAAGAAAUAUCUCACUUCGCAGAUCCUGAGCCGCCUUCAGUCCAUAUCCCGGCUGCAGUCCAGCAUUGCCUCCGUCAACCCCAUCCUCAAUUCGGCGGGGGUCGCGCUGACGGCCAACUCCCAAGCAUUCCAGCAACUUUUGCAUGUUCAUCGCAUGCCACCGGCCUGGGGAGCGACCAUGGUCGAGAUUGUCCGCCGAAAGGAGUAUGCCAGGGUGUUUGUGGCCAAAUGCAAGGACAUAUCAGACAUCUUUGUCAAGUUCACAACGCAAGAAUCCAAGCGCCGAGAAAACUUCCGCAACGAGAUCGUGUGCUAUCUCCCAAACGGCUUGAUUCAGGGACUGGAUGAUGCUCCACCCGCCGCAGAGAUCGCUGUGCAUUCAACCGAUGACCACCUGCCAAACAUCACCAAGGAGGACAUCCGCGAGUUUGAAAAGUUGGUUGCCGGCAUCCGCAUCAGCGUCGGACCCGGCGAGGGGCUCCUGUCGUCAGGGACGGUGAUCGGCGGCCUGGGCUCGGUCGCAUCGAGCGCUGCAACGACCAUUGGCGGACUCGGCCCUGGCGACUCAAUAUCCAAGCUGCGGGCCACCAUGGUCAAGAUGACAAAUCAGAUCGACGGCAUUGCUGGGGAGUUUGAGCGGGUUGUCUGGAAGAGCGGUCUCUGCGAGCGCGGCCGCAUGAUCGAAGAAGAAAACGCCCGCCUCAAAUCGGAUCUAGCGUCCAUGAGGAGCACAGCCAAUCCGCUCAUAUCGCGCCGCCCCAGCGACUCGCGGUCGUUUCUCGGCGCUGCCCAGACUUCAGCGGCCAAUCUCGGCGAUCACGACGGCCAGCGCAAGAUCCAAGAUGAGAAAAUCAAGGUGUAUGAGGCGCGCAUUCGGGAGCUCGAGUUCAUUUUGCAGCAGCGGUACUCAAAGAGCAGGCCAGACAAAUUCGAGGAACAAAUGCAGACUAUGCAGCGCCAGGUCGAGACACUCCGAGAUACGAACGCCGCCCUGGAGCACCGUGUCCGUGAGCAGCAGCAACUCGUGGAAGAUCUGAGCGUCGAGCUCGAGGAACACAAGAAGAUCUCGCGCCAGGCUGAAAAUACUCAUGAAGAAUGGAUUGAUUCGCUUGAGAAAGAGCUCGCUGACAGCCGCAAGCAGCUUGACUUGGCCAACUUCAAACUUGAGGAGCGAGCAAGAGAGUCCGCUCAAAGCGAGGCUAUGAUUUCAUCGCUGAAGAAGGAUCUGUACAGGUCGCGGAGCUUCCUUCACGAAAUCCACCUCCACCUCAUUGCCUGCUCGCGCGCGUUCCACCCGAAUCCCAAUGCGGAGGAGUCUCCCAUCAUCUCGUCAGUCGAAAACCAACUGGCGCUCGUGCGGUCGCCAACCGAAGGUACGAUUGUGCCAAUAAUCAACUUUGAGGAAGUGCGGCGAAGACUACGCGAGCUCGAGGACGACAUUCGCUGCAUGGCACUACAGAUGCAGACGGGCGUCAAGCUGGACGAGAGCGCAGACCCGUACCUGGACGAAGAUGAGCGAGACGACUCCCAGAGUCAGAGCCAGGUCGCUAGCAGUGCGCUCUUUGAUAAGAAAACCAACCUGAGCGAGAGCGGUGUGUCCAAGACCACACAGGACACUGCUGGAACGCAUCCAUGGCAGGAGAGAAUUCAGAAGCUGACAGAGGAGCUGAGCAACGUCACCAACGAGCACUCACGGGCACUGGAGCGAAAGCAAAAUGAAGUCAAUGAUCUCUCUCGGGACUGUGAGGCACACAAAACCCGUGCCCAAGAACUCGGAGAGCAGCUGUCCCAGAGCCUUGAGCAGUAUCAGCUGCUCAAGGUUCAAAACGAAGAGCUUCUUUCCAAGACCGAGGAUCUCGAAACCAGAUUGGCCGAAGCCAUUGCCAAAUCAGAUCGGCAGCGGCAGAAGCUCGAGGCAGAACUGGCCAAACAGCGCGAGCUCCUUGUUCUCCACGAAACAGAGCACGCCGGGGCUCUCACCGUGCUCCAGCACACGAUCGACACCCUCGAAGCCGGCCAGACUGCCGAUGCAGCCACGAUUCAGGGCCAUGCUCAGCACAUAGCCGCACAGGCAAACGACAUCGUCAGUCUCACCAGCGCACUGCGCGAGGCCGAGGCCGAGCUUUCUGAGCUCCGCGAUUGCUACGCCGCGGCCGGCAAUGAGCUGGCAGUUGUCCAACUGGAGCUCCAGCAGAGGAGCACUGCCGCUGCAGAGAGCCAGUCUGCUCUUGCCAGGAUGCAUCAGCUCUUGCAGCAAGCCGAGGAGCAACUCAAGGAGCUGAGGAGCCAGAGCGACAUUGAGGGGAUCAAGUACGCCGAACUCAGCGAUGAAGCAAGCCUGCUGCGUGAUCGACUGCAGCAACUCGAGAUCAGCAAGAACGAAGCGAGCACGGCCAAUGACCACCUAACCCAGGCCAACCGGCAGCUGUCAGAACACAGCGAACAGCUCCAGCUCAAGCUACAGAAGCUCGACGAGUCGCUCCGCGGUGCCAAGGGCGAGUCGGCACAGCUGAAGGAGCGUACUGAGGAGCUCCAGUCACAACUCACUGCCUGCCACGAUCGAGCCGCUGCCAGCGAAGAGACAGCAGUUGGAAUCGCCGAUUUCCGUGUGCAGCUUGCCGAGGCGCUGCAGAGACAAGCGCAGCUCGAGGCAACAGAGAAGCAGCUUGGUGCAGCGCUGCAGCUUAGACUGUCUGAGCUUGCGCAGGCACAGAAGGAGCGCGAUGCACUGGAAGACGAGCUCGCUCAAGCCAGGGAGCAGAUAAGCGCGGCUCAGCUUCAAAAACAAGGCCUCGAGCAGCAGCUGGCGGACAUGGAGAGUGAGAGCGCAGCUCUGAGCACCAAGCUCGAGCACGCCGAGUCCUCCACUGCGGCACAUGCCACCCAAGUUCAACAGCACAAACAGACCAUCGAUGGUGUUGCUCAGCAGCUCUCGACUCUCCAGAAUCAGACCAGUGUCCUGGAGAAGGAGCUUGCUGAAAGUCAAACUCGUGAGCAGUCUCUGCUUCUCGCGCUUGAGACGCUCCGGCAGGAAAUUCAAGCGGCCGGGGCUGCCCGAGAGGAACAGGCCCUCAGUUUGCAGGACCUGACCGCCCGCGUUCAGAGGUGGAAGACGAUAGCCGAAGAUUGGGCCACUAUCUGCCGCAGCGCAUCCGAGGCACUCGAGUCGCGCGAUCAAGCAAUUAUGGCUCUGCUGAAGAGCUGCAUUCUGGAGAAGCCCUCGCCCGAGAGCGGAAUCGAUCCCUCGGAAACGGCUUACUGGCGGCAGGUAGUAGAUUCCUCGGAGCUCGAGGAGCUAGAAGACCUCAGCGCCUCCUGGGUUGUUGACGACAGUAGCAGCAACUCCUGCGAGAUCAGCGUUGGCGAUCUAGAAGACGGAAGCGAGCUGAUCAAGGCGCUGCCCAAGAAGGUCAAGAUCCAAGAAGUCGGUUCCUGGGUGGUGCGCAUUGCCGAUCGCUUCGAUCUCAAUCGACUGGUGACGCUCUUUGAAACAUACGACCGUCAUUUAAUGGGCAAGAGAACCGCGGACCCCGAGUCGCGUCCUGCUGUGCGUGAGACCUCCCAGCGCCAACAGAAAAUCAGCUUCCAAAACUUCCAAGUUAACGAUUUGGUGCUGUUUCUGCCGACCCGGAACCCAAAAGCUUGGGCAGCGUUCAACAUCAAGUCGCCCAACUACUUCCUGUACUUCCAGAACGAGGACGACUUUGUUGGGGAGAUUAGAAACCGCGACUUUAUCCUGGCUUGGAUCAUCAACAUCCAGAAGCGAACAGCCAGUGGCAAGGCUGGCGAGCACUCGAACCCGUUCGGUCUUGGUAGCGGCACGCCAUUCCAUCUCUGCCAAGUUGUGAGGUGGCACGAGCAGCAACAACAGCAGCGUCGCUGAUGGCCCUUUCCCUGAGCCUCGUCGACGGCCGCCAUCGCCCCAGCUUCUCACGCCACCAGCCAUUUUGAUCAUCCCGACUGCGUACUUGCCCCAGUGCCCAGCACCGCAACUGUCGACGUCUCCUUUACCACACAAAGCUUCGAAGCAAUCUAUGGAUUGAUUCCCAACCCAUCCCGUAUUUUGACCCCCUCCCUCCCUCCCUGCCUCCCUCCCUGCCUGCCUGCUCCGCCUCACUUGCCUCGCCACGCUCUCAUCAAAUGUCCGCUCAGAUUCCCGCCCCAGCGCUUCAUAUGAAGAAAUGUAGCGGCUCGUUUUGUACUCCAGACCAAAGUCUGCCCGCCCACCCCCACCGCGAAUGCCGCCAUCAGAUAUGGCCAAUAUAUGUUGUAAGUGUGAUGUACAA